CUCAAUUUGGAGCAUGCAGAUCACGAAUGCCAAGCUUGCAUAACAAAUGAUGAAACUGAUCAGCACCUAAAGCCUUCGUAAAAAUGUCAGCAAGCUAAGACUGCGUCCCAAUCUUCUGUGGUGAAAUUUCACCGGAAGCAACCCGCUCACGAACAAAAUAGCAGUCCAUCUGGACAUGCUUCAUGCGCUCGUGGAAGACCGGAUUAGCUGCAAUAUGUAGAGCAGCUUGAUUGUCACAGUAGAGAGUAGUAGGACGACGUUGGGGAACCUGUAACUCAUGGAGCAAAAACCGCAUCCAAACAAUCUCACUGGUAACACUAGCCAUGGCACGAUACUCGGCUUCUGCAGAAGAGCGAGUGACAACGCGCUGCUUCUUGGCAGGCCAAGAAAUGGGGGCCGCUCCAAGUGUGAUGUAAUAGCCUGUCAUGGAACAGCCGGCCCAGUCAGCAUCACUAUACGCAGUAAGCUCCAACGAACCAGUGGAGGGAAGAAAGAGACCCUGUCCCGGAGCAGACUUGAGAUAGCGGAGAACGGGAUGCGCAGCACCUAGGGGUGGCAAUUGGGGUGGGUGUGGUUACCCGCCCCAUAUUUUGCGGGUAACCACACCCGCAAAUAUAGAAUUAUGCUACCCACAACCCACCCCGCGGUGGGUAGUGGUUAACCACUAUCCCUUGCGGGUUGGUUGUAGAUAUCCACAAAAAUUUCAUCAUUAAAUAAAAUAAUAUGGUAAUUAAAUAGUGGAGAUGUGUUUCUUCUCACAUUAAUAAAGUGUUAGAUAAAUU